GAGAGCGAGAGCUCCACCCUAAGGCAUUAUCUCCUGGGCACCCAGCUGCUGUCUAAUUACAAAAUACAAACAAGAGAGAGACACAAGUCAAAUGGACACAGACUCACAUGCUCAGCUGGAUGUAUGUGGGAUCACUCCAGUGAGAACGAGGAUAGUUGGAGGUGAAGAUGCUCAAGAAGGAAGUUGGCCUUGGCAGGCCAGUCUGCAGUUUUUUGGAAGCCAUAAUUGUGGUGGUUCCCUCAUAAACAAAGAGUGGGUGUUGUGUGCAGCCCACUGCUUCUCUGGAUCAAGUGUUUCUCCAUGGACAGUUUCUCUUGGUCGUCAGAACCUGGAUGGCCUCAACCUAAACGAAGUGUCCAGAACUGUUCAAACAAUCAUUUUGCAUCCGGGCUUUGACUCCUCUACCUUUGACAACGACAUCGCUCUGCUUAAACUUACCUCACCGGUCAAUUUCACAGACUACAUCAGACCUGUGUGUCUGGCAGCCAGUAGCAGUAACUUCAUCAGUGGUACUGAUAGCUGGGUCACUGGUUGGGGAAGAAUCCAGGAGGGAGUGUUACUCCCCUUCCCUCAAACUCUACAAGAAGUGGAGGUUCCAGUUGUGGGAAACAGACAGUGUAACUGCCAGUAUGGUGUAGGUUCUAUUACAGACAACAUGAUCUGUGCUGGUUUACUUGAAGGAGGAAAAGAUGCGUGUCAGGGCGACUCAGGAGGUCCAAUGAUGAGCGAGCAGAAUUUAAUCUGGAUCCAGUCUGGAAUUGUCAGUUUUGGUAUUGGCUGUGCCAGACCUGAUCUGUCAGGAGUUUAUACCAGAGUGUCCCGCUACCAGUCCUGGAUCAACUCACACAUCAGUUCUGAUCAGCCAGGCUUUGUCCAGUUCAGCUCUGAUGGGCUGGAUACUGACAGCAGCUUCACAUGCCCUGGUCUUUCUCUUCCUGUUUCUCAUGAUGACUCAUCUUGGACCUCAGGUUCUGGUUUCUCAAGCGGUGAAGGUUCGUCCCCUGAGUAACAUUCAAUUUAUUUAUUACAUAAAUAAAUUGCUGUAAUUAAUAUAAAUACAGCAGGAGUCUUAACUGAUUUGCACGACGAUAAAGUGUUCUUCAAGUGUCACAG